UCAGAGAAAAGCCAGUGAUAAAAGUGCAUUUUUUAAAAAUAUUAUUGUUCGAUUUUCACCAUGUAGUUUCAAAAAUUGUCUUAUUCUUUCUUAGUUGUACCAGUUUAAGUUUUGUCAUAUUUGAAGAACAACACCAGUGCAGACUUGGAAUAAAAACCAUCAACAAGUCUUAAUGAUACCAGACGAGCAAGCCAUGGCUUUCCGUAAUCCCCUGGAAAACACUAAUAUGUCCUCUGGCAUAGGACAAAGGUUUAUGACUGACCAAUUAUCAUGGAACACACAGUACGGCUUGAGCCGAAAGGGGACGGGGGAAUUAUCCCCAGGGUCCAGAAAGAUUCUGGGUCAACAAAUGCCCCCAGGGCCACCCAAGCAAAAUAUUCUUGCACUCAAUAUUGAUGAUGACGGAGAGCUAGAUCUUGGACAGGGUGCCAUGUCAAAUUCUGCCAAAGUGUUUCGGCCUGAUAGAGAUAUGAUGUCACAGUCUCCCUCACAACUUACAGGAUUCGGGCCGUCCAACUUCUACUCACAAGGUGGAAGUUCUGGCCUAGGUACAAAUGCCAACCUGGGAGGAAACUUUGCAGCCCUACCUCAGAGAGGGGCAGUGUCAGGGCCCCAGUUUAGGGGUAGUAGCUCCACACCCACAAGUAUGAACCUGCCCUAUAAUCUACAGCAACCACAACAGCAGCCCUCACCUAGCAGAAAUAUGAUAUCUGCCAUUGGAGGUCAAAGAAAUGUCAUGUCUCAGAGUCAAACAAGUCAGUCCAUGCCUAAAUUACAGAACAGUGCUUCAAUGUCCAGUAUUAACAACAACUUUGUGUUUGGUCAGAGUGGAAACCGACAGAGCAAGUACUCCACAGUGUACAGCAACCCAGAACAGAAGUUCAUGAACAUGUUAUUUGGUACAGAAGAUCAGCCCGGUUUAGAUUUGUCAGAGUUUCCCACUCUAGGAAACAGGAACCUUCCAUCUACGCCGAUUUCUUCCGUGAGGAAUUACGGUCAGUAUGGUGUGGGGAUGGUGAGUAAGCCGGUAGCGGAGACGGCCCCCGAGUUCCAAAUCCAGCAGGAGGAUUUCCCCGCCCUCCCUGGGGCACAGAAUCCACCCUCAAGUGUAUCAAAUGACACAGCCAGGAAAACGCCCACAAGCGCUUCAUCGUCAUCGUCAACAAAUGAACAAAUUUUGAAAGAUGGAAAAUUUCCAGGUGACAAGACAAACCAGUCAAAACGAGGCAUACAGACCCACGCAGAUGGCAUGGUGUCCAAUAUUCCCUCGGGGAUGGUAACUGACCAGUUUGGAGUGGCAGGUCUUCUAUCCUUCAUCCGAGCAGCCAAUGAAAACGACCACAAUCUCAUCGCCCUAGCUCCUGGGAUUGAUCUCACAACGUUAGGGUUAAAUCUCAACUCACCAGAAAAUCUCUACAGUACUUUUCAGUCCCCCUGGGCAGAUUCUCCCUGUCGACCUCAAGAUAUAGAUUAUCAUGUGCCAUCGGAGUACUUAACUAACAUAUUCCUUAGAGAUAAGCUUGCACCAAUCAAACUGAAUCGUUAUGGAGAGGACGUACUUUUCUUUCUAUUCUAUAUGAAUGGCAAUGACUUUAUACAACUGGCGGCAGCAGCAGAGCUGUACACACGAGACUGGCGCUAUCAUAAGGAGGAGAGGGUGUGGAUCACGAGGGCGCCAGGGGUGGAGCCUGUGAUGAAGGCAACAACUUAUGAGCGAGGAACCUAUUAUUUCUUUGAUGUACAGAACUGGAGAAGGGUUGCAAAGGAAUUCCAUUUGGAGUAUGAUAAAUUAGAGGAACGUCCAACCCUACCUAACACAAUGCAGCAUAAUGCAAGCCAGCAGUAGGUCACAUGACAGGAAGUGAACUUUAUCAUGUGACAGGAAGUGAAAUCUGACCCAUAUAGACAACAGAAAACAGUGGCCUCUGAUGUAUACUUUUUUCUUAUGAAUUUUACCAUAUUUUUUUUUUUUACAUAAAGCUUGUCUUUUCCUUGAUAGUUUGAACUUUAUUUCUUUAUUAUAUUGAGAUUGUAUGAAAAAUAUUCGAAAUUGAAAAUUCUUAUUCAGUAUUUGAUAUAUUUGAAAUAAUGAAUUUUUCAUUUUUUAAGUCACUGUUUUCUCCUUGCAU